CUUUUGUCUUUUAUUACAUAUGAGCAAUCCUAGAUCCCAAGAACACUGUAUCAACACACAAACAUAACCUUUUCCCUCUUGUAUAUAACAAUCAUGAAAACACUUCUCAAAGACUCAUACCUAGCACCAACAAUUCCUCAUACGUUCCUACACCACCCAUAAUUUCUCUUCCUUCACUCACUAGUGAGUUGUGACAAUAUCAAUUUCCACAAAACUGAUGAACUUUCUAGCUAGUAAUUCAACAACCACCAUGUCAAAGUUGUUCUAUAUUUGUUGUUGUGUCCUUAUUAUUUUACCAACCAUGGUCUUAGGAUAUUCUUGUUCAUGUGACACUGAAGAGGGUAACAAGAGUGAUCCAAGUGAAGUCCUCCACUACAAACUUGGCUCAAUUGCUUCUGUACUUUUUGCUGGUGCUCUUGGUGUGAGCCUUCCAUUGUUGAGCAAGAAAAUCCCAGCACUUAACCCCAAGAAUGACAUAUUCUUCAUGGUUAAGGCCUUUGCUGCAGGUGUGAUCCUUGCCACUGGCUUUGUCCACAUACUCCCUGAUGCAUUUGAGAACUUGACUUCACCUUGUUUGAAGGAUAACCCUUGGGGCAAGUUUCCCUUCACUGGCUUUGUUGCCAUGUUGGCCUCCAUAGGGACCCUUAUGGUGGACUCAUUUGCCACAGGGUUUUACCAUAGGCUACACUUUAAUCCCUCUAAGCAAGUUCCUACAACUGAUGAAGAAAUGGGGGAUGAUCAUGUUGGUCACGUACAUGUUCAUACACAUGCCACACAUGGCCAUGCUCAUGGACCAUCAACUUUCUCCUCUGAGGGCUCAGUAACACCUGAAGUAAUUAGGCAGCGUAUCAUAUCACAAGUGUUGGAGAUAGGAAUAGUGGUCCAUUCAGUGAUCAUUGGAAUAUCAUUAGGAACUUCAGGGAGCAUUGAUACCAUAAAGCCACUUCUAGUGGCCCUUUCUUUCCAUCAAUUUUUUGAGGGGAUGGGGCUUGGUGGUUGCAUCUCUCAGGCAAAGUUUGAGUCAAAGUCUAUGGCAAUUAUGGCUACUUUUUUCUCUCUAACAACUCCAAUUGGGAUAGCAAUUGGAAUGGGAGUGUCAAGUGUGUACAAAGAGAAUAGUCCAACUGCUUUGGUUGUUGAAGGGGUUUUCAAUUCUGCUUCUGCUGGGAUUUUGAUCUACAUGGCAUUGGUGGAUCUACUAGCAGCAGAUUUUAUGAACCCAAGGUUGCAGAACAAUAUGAAGCUCCAAUUAGGGGCAAAUAUCUCUCUUCUUUUAGGUGCAGGUUGCAUGUCUCUAUUGGCCAAAUGGGCUUAAGUUUUGGUCUUUCACUUUCAACAUUACUCAGUAAAAUAGAGCAUUUUCUUAUGCUUAAUUUUCUUUCACUUCAA